AUAUAAUAUAUGAAUAUAAUAUAUUAAAGUAAUGUUACCAAUUUCGUAUUGUAUCGAUCGGCACGGUCGAUACAUACUGGUUUUUUGUAUUGACCGAAAUGGUAUAAUAUGAAGAUCUAUUUUAGUCAAAAUCUGGGUGAUUUGGUCAAAAUUUAGGUGAUUCGAUCAAAAUCUGAGAUAUCGGUCGAAAUUUCAAUGUACCAACCGAUACACGAAAAUUUCAACUAAUACACACUAUGACAAAUUAAAAAGAAAGAAAAAGAAAAAGAAAAAGAAGGGAUUCCCUAGCCCAAAACAAUGUCGUUUUGGGCUAGGGGCUUCUUAAUCUUAAUUCUACAAUUGCAAUUUCAGAUUACACGCCUUGUCGUCCUCGAUCCUCGAGUCCUGGACACUCCUCGCCAGUGGUGCAGGCCUGCAGCUGCUGCUCCUUCUCUUGUUGCACAAACCUUGCAAGCUAGAUCUUGGAUCUCGGAGGGCGAUUCACAGGCUAAGGGCUCUAAUUUCAUAUUUCAAUUUCUGUAGUUUUAGAAUUAUUGUAGCUUCGAGUUUCGCCGGUGGUAGUAGCCGUGGCAAAGGAUCUGGUGAAUAUAUGGGGAGAUAGAGAGGGAAGACCGUGGAUUUGGGAGGAUAGUCUCUAAAGGGUUGAUAUCGUUAUUUCCUAAGACUCUCCUCGCAAUGUUUUUAGUACUUGGGGUGAGAAGCAUUGUCCCUUGACAGAAACAAUGGACAGAAACAAUUGAAGAACCCCUUGUGAUGAAGCCGUUGAGUGUCUAUUUUUAAAAUUGUAAUAAUAGAUGACAAAUACAAUU